AUCGGAGCGCGCACACCGUGAAGGUGCACAAGUGUAUUGAAGUGUUUAUUUCAAAACUUAUCCUAGGAAUUAACUUUUCGCGAUGCGUCUUGAAUGAAGUCGCCCAGCCGCUCCAGACAGACCGGGACGGCAUCUGUAGUUGUUCUCCUGCAGUUGUUUUAGGGUCACUUUCCGUGCUCUAUGGACGGAACUGUUGAAGAGCGGGAGGGAUCCACGCGUGGGUCUGUUCGGUCUGGCGCUUACCUCAGCGGAGAGGACGAGACCCGCGACACUCACGGGGCUCCCAAACAAGCUGACGACGAGCCCACCCUGCCACUUAGAGAUUUCUAUCCAUAUAUUCGCUGUGCCCUUUGCAAUGGAUUUUUCAUUGAUGCCACGACCAUUACAGAGUGUCUUCACACUUUUUGUAAGAGCUGCAUUGUCAAGCACUUUUUCUACAGCAACAGGUGUCCGAACUGCUCUAUUGUUGUACAUCAGACACAACCGCUCUACUGUAUCCGGCCUGACAGACAAUUACAAGACAUUGUUUUCAAGAUGGUACCAUAUUUGGAAGAAGAUGAAAGGUCACGAAUAUGCGCAUUUUAUAGACUGAGAGGGCUUGACGUUCCUAAACCAGUGCCAUCGCCGGCUGCAUACCCAGUGAAACUGCCUCAGAGACAGAAGAAAGACCUGGUACCUCAGUCUGUUUUUACUAUUCCGUCAGAGCUGGAUGUGUCUCUGAUGUUGGAGUUUGUGGGAGCUGAGGAGGGUGUUGAGAACUAUAAGCCGCUUGAGAGGAAAUAUGUGCGUGUGUCAGGGGAAGCCACUGUCCGUCACGUGGAGCUUUUUAUCAGAAGGAAGAUGGAGCUGAGUGAAAAUUGUAAGGUUGAUGUUGUGUGUGGAGAGCAUAUUCUCGAACAAUACCAGUCUUUGAGAGAAAUUUAUAACACCUUGGGCAAAAAUGCAUCACAGGAUGGCAUGCUGGUUCUGCAUUUUGGACUCGUUCUGCCCACUCAGUAAAGAGCGAAUAUACAAAAAGACAAACUACUGUGAUAAAUACAGUUCGCAGUGGUAUUUUAAGGGCUAAAGUGAAAUUUAUCAUACCACAGUAAAGCAUCAACUCUUUGUCUUCAUGGUUGCCUUCUGCUCAAAAAGAUUAAGAACAUCAGCCUUCUUUCAACAAAUGCAUUAAAAAAAACAUCAGCACUGAUGAAUUAUUUCAAGCAAAUACUGUUUUUUUAACACUUUCCAAAGCUGUGAAGUUUCUGUAGGUGCUCUUUUAUAUGUUUGCAAAUGAACAACAGUCAAUAUUUCAUGCCUUAUCUCAGAGAAUGUUGGUUUUGCAUAUCAGUUAAGAGUAAAAUGCAUUGUGCCUUUAGAUGCGCAGUGAUACAGUAAGUUGGUGCUUUUGAAAAAAAUAUUCACUGAAGUAUCUACGUUAUCUGAAUUGUUAUAUUCUUAAAUGUUUUUAUUCUGCACAAGAACAAAGAUGUUCGCUACUUUCAUUGCCUUACUCUCCUCGACUCUUCUAUGGAUGUUUAAUUGUUUCUGUCUGUUUUUCUUUGUUCAUUUAAGAUGGAAAUGUUUCUACUACUUUAUACUUGCCAUAUUGUGUUGUUUUCAGGGCCGUCGAUGGGGGGAAAAAAGUAUUUUGAACUUGUAAUUGAAAUAUUUUUUAAACCUCUUUACAAAUAAAUGUAAAUCUUUGCAUGGCCAAUCAUCACAUUGCAUAUAAAACAAAACAAAGCAAAUAUUCCAGUAAUUUUUUUUAUUUUAUUUUGCGAAAUGCUCAGUGGUUAGCAGGGUCACCUCACAGCAAGGUCGCUGGUUCGAGUCCCGGCUGUGUCAGCCCGUGUUCUCCCCACGUUCAUGUGGGUUUUCUCCGGGUCCUCCGGUUUCCCCCACAGUCCAAAGACAUACGCUGUAGGUGAAUUAAAUAAACUAAAUUUGUCGUAGUGUAUGAGUGUUUCCCAGUACUGGGUUGCAGCUGGAAGGCCAUCUGCUGUGUAAAACAUAUGUUGGAUAAGUUGGUGGUUCAUUCUGCUGUGGCGACCCAUGAUUAAUAAAGGGACCAAGCUGAAGGAAAAUAAAUUAAUGAAAUGUUCUAUCAGCAACUGUUAUACACUGAUUUUAUUUUCAAAUCAAUAGGCUGAUGCAGUAUUUAAUCAGAAAAUAGUUCCAAUCAUCUCUCAUUUCAUUAAUUUCCAGUCUUCUGUAGGAGGUUUCUUGUUAAAAACCAAAGUCAUUAUCGUGAAUUACUCUGGAGAAUCAGAGUCUCAGGGUGAAUAGAUGCUCCUCACUAACCCAUGGGGACUGUUGAAAAUUGUUUCCAAGGUAACCGCCUAAAACACCCUGCAUAAUUUCACCUGUCUGAAAGCUUCGGCACAUCAAUGUUCAGUAAAUCACAGCAUUGGUUUGCCAUUGCAAACAAUUUCAAAUCCAACCCUAGCUAGGUUUGGUUUAUUUUAUGCUGGUUUUAUGUAUUAGUGGGGGGGAAAUAGGAAAUAAGAACAAGCCAAUAACGCUUUAUAUUUCAAAUAAAUAAACAAGCAGAAAGCUAAAUAUUGCAAAUUACACCUGCCUAUAUUAUUAACUCUGUAAUGUCAAUUUUCUAAGUAAUUAACAAGCAUUGCUUGUAAUAUGGCAACACUUUAAAAUCAUUAUUUAAGAAACUAUUAAAAAAAACUACCAAGUGGUUAAUUUUAAAUAACCCACUAUAAUCAGUCUUUGGGUAUUACAAUAAUGCUAAUAAGACCAGAUUGUUUCCUAUAUUGCAAUUUUGUGUGCUGCAGAAGAAAGUCAAACCUUUUUUAAACAAGUAAUGGGUGAAUAAAAUAUGGUGAAAUUUUCAGUUUUGGGUGAACUAUCCCUUUAACAAUACCGUCCUGUCUGUUGGCUGUUAAUAUAAUGUGUAUUAAUAUAGUGUGAUUUAUGUUUAACUCUGAAGU